AAGUCAAUGUAUGAAAGAUACGAAACGAACUGAUAGGAGAGGUCGUUUUUGCAGAUACUUGAAGGUCACAUGUGAUAGUGUGAGUUGUAUAGCACAUGUAAGAGAGUUGUCAUAUGUGACGAGUGUAGGGGAGCCAUGCUAUAAGGAGUAUAGACAACACACACCAAUACCAGCUUCAUUAUUGUACUGUGGCCAACAACAAAGGUUGUUUGCAAGUUUCAAGCGAAGGUUUAGAGCAAAGAGAACAACUUUAACUUCCAAUGAAGCAAAUGCAGGCAACCAAAUGGGUGAAUCACUGAAUCCCACUGUAAAUCAUAUAAGUUAUGGAGGAGGACAAUUUGAUGUUUCAACAAACAAUGAUAAUCUCAAUAAGUGGCAAUCCCAGUAUGAUGAGUCAAAAACAUCCCAAGCAGAAACUGGUACCUCUGGGAAUAGAACUAGUACUGUACCUCCAAACUUCCGAGUUUGGGAAACAGUAGGAAGGAAUGGUACUACAUGUGAUGUUGGCAGUGGAUUCAGAUUCAGAGUGUUGUCAUACAAUGUAUUAGCACAGUAUCUGCUUGAGUGCCACCCACAUUUAUAUAGCACAUGUUCUCCAAAAAACCUUAAAUGGAAAGUCCGAGCAACACAUCUCUAUGAUGAAAUUAUCAAUUUAGCCCCUGAUAUUCUUUGCCUUCAAGAAGUGCAAGCUUCGCAUUUAGACUCCUUCUAUUCAAGAUUCGAAGCAAUCGGUUACUCGGGAAUAUUCAAACAGAAAACUGGCCACAGACACGAUGGGUGCGCUAUAUAUUACAAAGAUUCGCUGUUCGAAAUGACGGAACACAUGAGUGUGGAGUUUUAUCAGCCGGAGCUACCGAUCUUGAACCGUGAUAAUAUCGGUGUGAUGGUGAAACUGGUGCCACGAGGAAUGCCCACUUGCCCCAUUGUGGUGGCCACCACCCACUUACUGUAUAAUCCCAAGCGGACAGACGUACGGCUCGCGCAGAUACAAGUGUUCCUGGCAGAGAUAGAUAGGUUCGCCUACUACUCCAGCGGGGGUCAAUCUGGACAUCUACCUAUUAUUCUAACAGGAGAUCUUAAUUCGUUGCCCGAUAGUGCAGUCAUAAAACUUCUUGACCAAGGGCUUGUAAGAGCGAGUCCAUUCCGGGAUAGUUCCGACUGGAAGAGGAUAGGUGUGACGGACAACUGUCAGCAUCUGGCGGUGUAUCUAGACAGGCAGAUAGGGAGACCGACCGAUCACAAAACGAUAAAGAUAUUCAACUCUGAUUACCGUGGAGUAUAUCCCGAGUCGUCGACGUGUGCCGUUACCGAAUCUGAUCCACCGGGCUGUGACUACAACGAGUUAUUCAACAGCGGCGUAGUAGGACAUUCCCUCCAGUUGCAGUCCGUUUAUGAAAAGCGGAAACCUGACGGCGCCAUGGAGGCGUCCACUUUCCAAGAAUACUGGGUCACCGUUGACUACAUAUACUUUAGUACUUGUAGCAGUUUGAAAUUAGUAGAACGUCUGCGUUUACCCACGGCUGAAGAAUGCGUAGUGCUGGGAACAUUACCCAACGACGUGUACGGGUCUGAUCAUCUCGCCUUAGCCGCCACUUUCGAGCUGCGUCCGAUGAAAGCAUCCUUGUAAUUAUAGUGAGAAAGUUCAUUAUCAACAAAUCGUUUUUCUUUGACCAUAGAGUACAACUUACUCUUAUGAUUAUGACCUGAGGUAUGUUUCAAAUAAAUAGACACACAUAAGUUUUAUUUAAUUAUUGAUUUAGAAAGUUUUUAGAAUACUUAGUCGCAUUGCCUAAUAUUUUGAUUGAUUUAAAACUAACACAGACUAUAGAUAUGUUUGCAGACACGAUUAAAAUUGGUUAGUUGUAUAAUGUUUUAGAUUUACAUCGAAAAAAUAUAGUAUACUUUAAAAUAGUGAACUCAAUUCUCAUCACGAUGCUUGAGAGUUGAGUUACUUCAAUUAUAUGUUGUGUAAAGUUUUAUCUGUUACAAUUUUAAAAUAAAUUGUGAAAUUUCAGAAGAACUAGCUAAGGCUUGAAACUUUGUUGAAUUUUUCUGAGGAAACGUUGAAUUGGUUUUAUUACAAUAAGGUUGUUUUUUUUAUGUGUACAACGUAGCGUAUGUUAUACGUAAAUUAAAUACUAUAGCGAUACAUCGUAAUUACUUAAAAUUGAUUUAAAAUAGCUUGGGUUUGCGUUGGUACAGAAUUAAUUCAAUAAAAUCUACAAUUAACAUUUGGAUACAUUAUUUGUCUAGCUUUGGGAUGUAUUUUCGAUUUGUCGUAAUGAUGCCGUCUUGUUACAUAUUCUGACAUUGGAGAUUAAAAACUUAAAGAAUUACAGAAAAAGCAAAGUCAAAGUAAGCCGUGGUUUAUUUUUUGUCGUUCACGUGCAAUUAUAAUUUAUUCUCAGAAGAUAUUAGUCAGAAGAGACUAUUUUGCAGUGUUCUACUAAUUUAUUAAAUUUUGACAUAAUAUAAAUUUAUUAUUCUAUGCAACUCUCAUUUAGCAUGCGAGUUAUACAUCUGGUUACCGUGUUUAUUAAGCUAUAGUAAAGUUUCUCUAAGAAACGUUCCUUGUACAUACUAAGAUGUAAAUAUGUAAUUUGCGACUCUUUUUAGUUCUAAUAAUAUAUAUUUAAAUUUCAUAUUUUCAAAAGUGCUUUUCAAUACUAGUUUAGCACUGUGUGAGAAGUUGGUAAUUAAUAAAGUAUCAUCAUAUAAAUAAACGAAAAAUAGGUUUCUAUACUCUUACGAUAUGGUGCAAGUCCUCUAGAAUGUCAUUUUAUUUACUAUGUAGGAACACUAAUCUAUAUAGCUAGACGAAACUGUCACAUGUUCACAUAUUGUAACUUAAUCUAAUUCCAGCGUAACUUCAAGCCCUGAUUUAUGUGUCUAAAUGAAGCCCCAAAUGAUCUUUCAGGCUAACAGAUAAUUCGAAUUCAGGGCUUCAUUUUGACAGAUCUAACAGGACUUAAAGUUACUCGGUAGAUUAACUAUUAGAAACAUAAUUACUUAGUUCAAGAAAACACAGUAUUUUUAAUUACAAAUUGUUUAUAACAUUUCAUUCAACUUUACAUCAAAAAACAUUCUUUAAAGUAAUUUACUUUGUAGAUGCAUUUGCAUCUCAAUUUUUGUUUGCACUCAAUUUUAAAUUGUAUUAUGUUUUAUGCAUGAGUAACCCAUAUUGGGAAUAGCCAAACUAUAAAUCGCUGUAAAUGACCAGGACCCAAUUAAAUGUGAUACAGAUGUUGAACGUAUUGACAGAUCGCUAGAUAAUAAAAAGUUUUGAGUUGAAAGUUAUCAUUACUUGUAUUCAAUGUGUAUAAUUCGGUUAACCAGUGACCGGAUUGUUUAAUUUUGGAUUUUCCUUCAUUCCCAUAUUGAGGCUGUUACAAAAUAAAACAUUUAAAACGACAAAUUAAAUAGUGUUUUUAAUAGGUCCAUUUUUAUAGCAAAUUUUAUGGUUUUGGACUUUUUUAUUUUAAAUAGGUAUAUACAGAAAAGCUAGUUUGAUCCAGGUGUGGUUGCACAUCAUCAUCAAACAUACGAGAGUAGAGUUUUAAUAAAAAUGGUAUAUCCAGUGUUUUGUUUUAGAACAAUCGUCUUGGUCUAUGAUGACAUUUUUUAUGUAGGUAUGCUAUAACAUAUAUAGGAUCGCACUGUCUGGAACUAACGUUUAAAAAGUAUUAUUUAUAUGUUACGGGAAAUUUUAUGACGUUUUUAUCGUUAAAAUGGAAAUGGGAACCAUGAGAGGAGGGGGGGGGGGGGUUACUUAAUAUUGAUAUCUAAUCAAAGAAUCCUUUUUAGAAAACGUUCAUUUCUUAUUUAUUUGUUUUUUCUUAUUCGCUUUUAAUUCACACGACACGACAUUAAUUCUAUCGCUGUUGUUGAAUAGUAGUUUACAACAAUAUGAUAUAUAUAUAUUUAUAACUUUAGAGUGAAAAUUAUAUUUAUUGUAACCGGGUGUCGAUUUAACAAUAUAAAUAUGUACGUACAAUAUAUAAGCAAUGCUGCGUUUUUAAAUUAAUGUAUUAAAUUGGCACCUGUUACAUUAUUUUUGUAAGCUCUUCGUCAAUUUCAGUGAAUAAAGUGAAUUAAAACAAAAUAACGGCUUAUUAUUUAUAAUCAUAGUUUUAGGCUGUAACCCUAUUUAGGAUAUUAUUUUUAUGGUUUUAGUUCAUAUCAGUUCUAUCAUUCUUUCGUCGGCCUUAUUGCCACUUUUGCAAAUUAUCAUUGGAUGCCUAUAUGAAUUUUGCACUAAAAGUAUCUUUCAUGUGAACUUGAUUUCAUUUCAAAAACAAAACAUCUUGAAUUUUCCGUAUGAGUUCGUAUAUCCCCUAAAAUUUUAUUCAGAAUGCUAUGAAAUAACUUUAAGAGUCAGUAAUUUUGUUUGUGUAAUUCGUGUCUAUUUUCCUUAUAAUAAACGUUGGAAUCUGUAUAUAAAAACGUUUACCAACGAAAAGCACUUAAUUUUUAUUUGUUGAUGCAAAAUUAACAAAUUUAAGUUUUAAAUAUCAUCGACCAUACAUACAUAUAAUAUAAUAAUUCCUUUAUUUUUGUACAAAUAACGGUUACAUAAAUAUUUGAGGCCCUGACUUCUAAGCUAGUUUUACAUGUAUUAUAGAAGCCAGUAUCUCCCCAAUGACAUUUCAAUAUUAAGAUAGGUGCUAAGUACAAACAAGUUGGAAUAUCAUAAGGAAUAAAAAAAGAAAUAUGUUACAAACUUUCGUGCAUACUAUGUGUGUGUGUUUACGUGUGUGUGUGUUAAAAUAAUUAUAAAUAGUUAACGUACUGGUUUCAAAAAUGUUUCUACUUCCCUACUUACCGACAACAGAUAACCGAAGAUAUUUUAUUUCAAUUUAUAGUUAUUACAUUUAUUUUUAGUUUUGGUUCAAUUAUAUUAUAGAAUCUCUUAAACAUCUAUCAACAAAAAUCUUGCGAACCGUUAACACCUAAGCCAUGUCAUAGAC